GCACGGGUUACAGACCAUCGCGCAUACAGUUAGACUGAUAUGACAGUGGGCGGAGUGCAGCAGCGCUGCUGUCUCACAGUCUCUCUCUCACUGUCUCACUACUGUAGGAUCUAUCCUCGCGAACAGAAUGGGUGUUGAGAUUGAAACAAUAUCUCCAGGAGACGGAAGAACCUUUCCGAAGAAAGGACAGACAUGCGUUGUGCAUUACAUAGGGAUGCUGCAGAACGGAAAGAAGUUUGACUCGUCACGAGACAGAAACAAGCCCUUCAAAUUCAAGAUCGGCCGACAGGAAGUCAUCAAGGGCUGGGAGGAAGGAGUUGCACAGAUGAGUUUGGGUCAGCGGGCGAAGAUCACCUGCACCCCAGACAUGGCUUAUGGGGCCACGGGACACCCUGGUGUCAUUCCUCCCAACGCCACCCUUGUAUUUGAUGUGGAGCUGCUGAAAUUGGAGUGAACCACUAGCUUUUACAGGGCUGAAGUCCUCAAACGGAGAAGGAAAAACACUAGUCCUCGCCCCACCAACAAAACCUUCUUCAUCUAAACACUCUAGGCAUCAUCUUUUGUGUUUUUUGCCAACAAAUGCAAUAUGUAGACACUGUUUAGUUACUUUAAAUCUUUUCUACACACAACCUUAACACUAUUUUGGCAUCUCGUUUUCAUGCAAAGUGUUUUGUUUUUAUUUUAUAAAUGUAGUAUUUUUCAUACUACAUUUUUCUGAAAAUAUGUGAAUACAAUAGAAUCAUUAAAUCAGUAUUUUAAUUUGUACCAGACUGAAUCCACUGCCUUGCUGAAUUUAGUAGGGUUAGAAUUUUACAGAAGGGUAUAAUUCUGUAUUCUGAGGGGCAUUAACAACCACUGUCUGCAUUGCCACUUUUGAUAAAAGUAUAUCCUGCUGAAUGCAUAUGAUAAAAUGAUAAUGUUACUGUAUUUACUAUAUAUUUUAUAUAUAAAUCUGUCCCUUAUAAACAUUAGCUGUAAGUCUCAUUCAGAUCUAUUACAAUGAGACGUGGAACAAACUGAAUAUGUACGAUGGAGUGCUUUGGCUUCAAUGAACAUUUUAUCAACUUGCUCUUAAUAAAGACCUUUGAACUCUUGGAAA